AUGGAACCUGACACCUUCCUAGACUGGUCCAAUGAACAAGUGUAUAUCCACGGCCACAACAAACGCCAGAGACUCGACACAGGGUAUAAGUCCCCCGUGACCUUAACAAGCUAUGAUACGGGGAGCUUUCAAUCUGACUUUGGGGCACCUGUUUCGGGAGAUGAAUGGAGCAAUGACUUUUCUAUCCUUAACGCCCAGUCUGGAGAAUAUCAGGUUGGCUGCUAUAAGACCGACCAGGUCAACUGUGGCAGACCCUUUCCAGGUGAAUUGCUGUACUGUUAUGGAAUGCUACCGAAAAUCCCGAUACUCUCCCAUCGGACCGGCCUAUCUACAGUAACGUCUUCGUCACUAGACCUGCACUUCGAACCACCCAACUCACUGCUCCUCACACCGGCAGGAAGAGAAUUUGGCUGUCUCGAAGAGCGGACCGCAAAGAUUCUGGCGACUCUGGCAGGCGAAUCCCGCGUCGCGUUCCAGAUAUAUGGUUAUGUCACCAAAAGACGAGCCAACACCAAAGAUGCCAAGGGUAAAAGUGGCCAGAACGACCUUCAAUACCUCUUGAAUGCGAUAAUCUACGGGCCGAGGGAGUUAGGCCAGGGGAUUGGCGACUUUUUGGUGAAGUGCAAGAUGUUUCUCCAAGAUCCCCUAGGUUGUGAUCGAGACGUCCCUUACCUCAACCCGCACUUGUUAUCGCGUACCGAGGAGGUGGUCAUGAUUUCGUCGCUGAAAGUCGGAACUGGCAAAUCUUCAGAGGCCCAAGAAGUGGUGGCUGUAGACGCUCCAAAAGAUCUCUUCAGCCGAAUCUGUGACGAUGGAUAUCUUCAACUCACUGACCCACCGCUUCUGGUUCAUACCAGGCUGUAUAGACAUCAAAAGAAGGCCUUGACAUUCAUGAAACAGAGAGAGCAAGCCUGGUCGUUCAAAGAUUCCCUAGACAGUUUGUGGGUAAAGGAAGUUGAUGAAACGGGAGAGCUGAUAUACACCAACUUGGUCACCGAACAGUCCCAACGGAAUGAGCCUUUAGAAUCUAGAGGGGGCCUUUUGGCCGAUCAGAUGGGACUCGGGAAAACAUUGACUAUGAUCGCGCUGAUUGCCCUGAACCCGGCUCGGCUCGCCUCGUCGCUCGUAUUCACGGCCCAAGGGACAAUCCGUCGCAUCAAGUCGACGUUGAUCGUUGUGCCAUUUUCUCUGUUGGAUACAUGGGACACUCAGCUACGACGGCAUCUCAAACCGCGCUCUUUGUCCUGGCUCAGGUUUCACGGCUCCCAGAAGCACAAACUGCUGUCAUUGGGCAGCUAUGAUAUCGUCAUCACCACUUAUGAGACGCUCAUGGGCCAGCUGAAGAAGCACAACGACCCUAAGUGGACUGAUGGUACACUGUUCUCCUUCGCCUGGCAUCGCAUUGUGCUUGACGAAGCCCACAUCAUCCGCAAUCGGUCUACUGCCAUUGCACAAGCCUGCUGCGCUGUUCGAGCGAGUCGACGCUGGGCAAUGACUGGGACACCGAUUCAGAACAAGGCGACCGAUCUGGGAAGUCUUCUCGAGUUUCUCCAUUUGGAGCCUUUUAGAGACCCAAAGAUCUUUGAAGCGAUGGUGGUCAAGCCCUGGUUAAAGUCAGCCGACAAGGACACAUCCCGACUCGAGAAACUGAUCAGAUAUCUGUGUCUCUGUCGCACAAAAGCGAUCAUCGACCUCCCUCCUCGAAAAGACGUGAUCCAGCAUGUCGAUCUCUCGCCAGAGGAGGCAGAGCACUACGAAUCGGCCAAGAACCGUACCGUCCAGAAGCUCGACGAAGCUCUCUCCGUCAAUCCCAUCGCGCCAGGCAUGUAUCUCAACGCGCUGGAAUGGUUGAACGAUCUCCGUCUCAUCUGCAAUCAUGGGUUGAUGCAUUCCAGGACGCAGAAGACUCCCACAAUCGUGUCUUCGGCUGGACCGUGGACCAAGACGACGGCGAAGAAGGCUUUCGCGAUCUUAGUCGACGCCGGCUCGGCCAUUUGUAAACUGUGCCAGGCCAACUUGGCAGCCGGGACCAUCGAGGCCGACGGCUUCGAGCAUUGUAAGCCAUCUCUUUCCAAAUGCUUGACCGUCAUCUGCGGCAUGUGUAUUCAAAGCCAUGCAAAUGGUGAGCAAGUCCCCGGGUGCGGCUGCAAUCCGGCGUGUCUUAAGGCUGAAGUGUCCUGGGCACGGGAAAUUUCGAACAGGCUACCCGAGUCUGGGCUCCCGUCAAUAGAGGAAAAGAAGGUUUCGACCAAGUUGAAAACCCUUCUGAAGGACCUUCAGCAGCAUGAAAAGACCGAGAAAAGUGUGGUGUUCUCGUUCUGGACGUAUACACUCGACCUCAUCGAGUCGUUACUGCUCCAAUGUACGACAAUCCGAUGUGCUAGAAUCGACGGCAACUAUUCGGGAUCUAGGCGUGAGCAGGAAAUCCAGCGGUUUCAGACAGACAAUCUGGUACGGGUCAUCUUGGUCUCUAUCACUUGUGGUGGAACUGGCCUCGAUCUUACGGCAGCCUCGCGGGCAUAUCUGCUUGAGCCUCAGUGGAACCCAAUGAUCGAGGAGCAAGCCCUCUCUCGCAUCCAUCGCCUGGGCCAGACCAAAGAAGUGAAAACAAUCAGAUAUCGUGUCCGAAACUCGUUCGAGGAGGUGAGAUUAGUACGCCUCCGCCCUCUUUUACAGAGACACUGA